AUGCCCUUGUCUCACUUCCUAGCAGUGGUGGCUGUUAGCUUCCUCUCCCUGGCCAUCCAGGCUCUGGACCAGGCUGCACACAAUGACAGCUUCGUGUUGUCGCAAAUUCGCGAGAACCCCUUUCCCUAUGAUUUCCUUCAGGAAAUGGCUGGUAAUGGGUUAGGUAGUAUUGCUGACUCCCCCCUCUUCCCCAUGCGUCUCUGCCAUGGCUUCAAGCUAGAGGAGGCCACCAUCGAUGACAUCCAGGCCCAGCUAUCGUCUGGCAAACUCACUAGCGUCCAGCUGCUGCAAUGCUACUAUGAGCGCAUCUAUCAGACGGAUGAGUAUUUAAAAGCCAUCCUUCAAUUCAAUCCCGAUGCACUGGAAAUCGCCCAUGCUCUAGACGAGGAAAGCGCGAACGGGAUCAUCCGUGGCCCCCUCCAUGGGAUCCCGUUCAUCGUCAAGGACAACAUCGCCACCAAGGACCGCAUGGAGACCACCGCUGGCAGCUGGGCCCUGCUGGGCUCCAUUGUGCCUCGCGACGCCCACGUUGUCCACCGGCUGCGCGAGGCGGGCGCUGUUCUCCUGGGCAAGGCCGCCUUGAGCGAGUGGGCGGACAUGCGGUCUAACAACUAUUCGGAGGGAUAUUCAGGGCGUGGAGGCCAGUGUCGAAGUGCAUACAAUCUCACUGUCAACCCGGGCGGCAGCAGCUCUGGCUCUGCAGUGGCAGUGGCGGCCAAUCUGGUCACUUUUUCCCUGGGCACCGAGACUGACGGCAGUGUCAUCAACCCUGCUGAAAGGAACUCCAUCGUCGGCAUCAAACCCACUGUCGGACUGACGUCUCGCGCCGGCGUGAUCCCUGAGUCAACGCACCAGGAUACGGUUGGCACCUUUGGCAGGACCGUUCGCGAUGCGACGUACGCCUUGGAUGCCAUCUACGGCGUGGACCCCCGCGACAACUACACGCUGGCGCAGCAGGGCAAAACCCCCGAGGGGGGAUAUGCGCAGUUCCUGUCUGACCAGUCCGCACUGAAAGGCGCCGUCUUUGGAUUGCCCUGGGCUUCCUUCUGGGCUCUAGGUGACCCGGCCCAGAUCGCGCAGCUGACGGAGCUGCUCGAUUUGAUCAAAUCUGCCGGUGCUACCAUCAUUAACGGCACAGAGAUCCCAAAUUACAAGACUAUCGUGUCGCCCGAUGGCUGGAACUGGGACUACGGAACCACCCGCGGGUUUCCCAACGAGUCAGAGUAUACUGUCGUCAAGGUGGACUUUUACAACAACAUCAAGACGUACCUCGCGGAGCUGGAGAAUACUAACAUACGCUCGCUGGAAGACCUCGUCCAGUACAACAUCGACAACGUGGGAACGGAGGGAGGGCUGCCUGGCAUCCACCCGGCGUUUGCUUCGGGGCAAGACGGCUUCCUCGCCUCGCUGGAGACGAAAGGCGUGAUGGACGAGACGUACUGGCAGGCACUCGCCUUCUGCCAGCGCACCUCCCGAGAAGAGGGCAUCGACGCAGCUCUGCGGUAUAACAAUGGCAGCAGCACCACCAUCACCCUGGACGGCCUCCUCGUGCCUCCAGACGUGGGCCAAUCCUACCAGAUCGCCGCCCAGGCAGGCUACCCGGUCAUCACGGUGCCAGCGGGCGUCAACAAAGAAUCGGGCUUGCCAUUUGGGCUUGCCAUCAUGAACACGGCCUUCUCUGAGGCGAAGCUGAUCCGGUACGCGAGUGCGAUUGAGGAUCUGCAGAUGCGGUCUGGCACAAUCUACCGGCGAUCGCUGCCCAGAUGGCGCGGCUAUCUGGAGCGUAAUCUUCCGGUAAUCAAUGCGUAG